AUGCCAGACUACGACGAAGAUAUGCUGCCUCCCCCGGCAUCAGGCUCUCAGCAGGAUCGCACUUGGGGUGGUAAUAACGCUUUUCACAACUUCUUCAACGACUUCUCUCACAUUCCCGACCCAAAUCUUCGCCGCCGUCUUGCUUUAUCUGAGAUUGAUAAAGUCCCUUUUGGUGCAUACCAUGUCCGCGCUGUAUUAGUAGCAGGUGUUGGUUUCUUCCUUGAUUCUUACGAUAUUUUUGCCAUCAACCUCAUCACAAUACUACUUGGAGUUGUCUUUUGGGGUGAUCCUAACCCACAAAACGGCUUCAGUGGCAAUGAUGGAUAUCUCCCCGAUCCAGUCAACCAGGCAUUCAAGGCCUCUACGAGUGCCGGAAUUGUAGUGGGAAUGAUCGUCUUUGGAUGGCUAGCAGAUGGCUUUGGUCGACGCCGCAUGUAUGGUGUUGAAUUGGGUAUUAUUAUCCUAGCGACGCUUUGCUGCGCUCUCAUUUCGUCUAGCCCUGCAAUGGGAUCGACAGGUCUCCUAAUCUUUUGGCGUAUCAUCAUGGGCAUUGGAAUUGGCGGCGACUACCCGCUCUCAAGUGUCAUUACCUCCGAGUUCGCUCCGACAAGAUGGCGCGGCGCUAUGGUUGCUGCUGUCUUCUCUAUGCAGGGACUUGGACAGCUAGCAGCUGCUAUUGUUGCCCUAAUCACUACUGUUGCUUUCAAGGACGCCUUUAUUGGAGCUGCUGACGAAAGCCAAUGCGGUUUCGAGUGCCGACUGGCCGCUGACCGAGCCUGGCGAAUUAUUGUUGGAGUGGGAGCCAUUCCUGCUUGCGCCGCCCUUUAUUACCGUAUCACUAUCCCGGAAACCCCUCGAUAUACCUUUGAUGUUGAGCACGACGUCGAGAAAGCCGAUGCCGACAUCAAAGCAUACGUUGCGAGCAAGUCCAAGGGUUCCUUUGACGUUGUUCAUCAAGUCAGGAGUAAGCGCAUAGCUGGACGUAGCCUUGACGUUCCUCGUGCGUCCUGGUCUGAUCUUAUUUCCUUCUUCCGCCAAUGGGCCAAUUUCAAGAUGCUAUUAGGCACAACUUUGUCCUGGUUCUUUUUGGACCUCGCUUUCUAUGGUCUUGGCCUUAAUAAUACCUUUGUCCUUCAAGCAGUGGGCUAUGGUGCUGGCAACUCCCUUUUCGAAAAGCUUCACAACCAAGCUGUCGGAAUGAUUAUUUUGACAUGUGCUGGAUCACUUCCUGGCUACUGGACUGCCAUUCUUAGCGUCGACACUUUUGGUCGUAAGCCGCUACAGGUUUUCGGAUUUCUCCUGCUCACCAUUAUCUUCUGUAUCCUCGGCUUUGCUUACAAGAGCCUUCCACAAGGGGGUUUACUUGCGCUCUACAUUGUUGGCCAGUUUCUCUUCAAUGCUGGCCCUAACACGACCACUUUCAUCGUUCCUGGCGAAUGUUUCCCUACCCGAUAUCGAUCGACCGGACAUGGCAUCUCGGCUGCCAUGGGUAAAAUUGGAGCAAUUAUUGCGCAGGGUAUCAGCAUUCCUAUGGUGCGACAGGGAUCCCCCGAGGGUUGUAAAGGUACCGAUUGUGCACCAAACAUGCACCGACUGCUCCAACUCUUUGCCCUUUUCAUGUUGUUUGGUACUCUGGUUUCCUUGUUGAUUCCGGAGACCAAGGGCAUGACUUUGGAGGAGCUUUCUGGAGAGCCCCGUACAAGCUACAAUUCUGGAUGUAAUGGUAGUAUCAGUCUUGGGUCACCAAAGCUCAGAGCUUGGAACCCCUUUGUGGGUGGUCAACCUGCAGGAUUCUCGUAUCCUAGAUCCCGAAUGAGCCACUUCCGAAAGAGUGAUCGUGUUGGUAUCAUGACCUCACCGGAACUCAUGGCUGAGACAUCCCGACUUCGAAGACCUCGCAUCUGGAGAAGACACCGCAAGGCCAAGUCGAGCAGCGGUACAGAUAUCGCUUUGAGCACUCGAAGCUCUGGUACAGGAGAGGAUGAAAUCUUUCCAGCAGGCCCGCCUGCAUCCUCAUCUACUCCUCCACAGCCACCGCCGACUUGGGGAGCUGGCUGGGGACGGAUAGAUAGAGGAGGACCACCUCCACUGUUGAACUCGGUCCAGCUUCAGGAUGUUGGCAGUCUCUUGACAAAAUGA